UGUAUACUUGCUUGUUCAGUUGCUUUAAGGCAGGGAAAAGUGGUAUCCUCAGAGAGAGAAAGAGAGUGAGAGGCUCAUCAAAUAUUAAAAUAAAGCAAAAAAAAAAACUAAUUUUUUUUUGCUAUAACAACAAUGCCACUCAACCUAGAGUCAUUUCCUGGUUUGCUUUCAAGGCUGAGCAUGGAUAUCUACUCUACUCUCUUUCUGUUCUGACUGCUGAAGUUUUUGUAUGGUAUUUUGUUCUGAGGAUAGUAGUGAUUGCGAUCAAAAUCUGGGUUUCUUCCACUUUCAGUUAUGGGUAGUAACAGCAGAGGAAAGGAUGGUGAAGGCACUUCUGGAGUUAAAAAGGAUGAGUACGAACAAGACAUCAAAUUUCUGCCACCUGAAGUGCUUUAUGGCAAUACUAAUGGAUUCACUGAUCCAUUGGUGGUUCAGUUACCUCCACAUGGCCCUGGACCAUAUGAGCCACCACCUCCUUUGCUCAUACAACCCCAGUAUAUCCAUGAGGGGAAAGAAAGAAAUUUGAUCAAAGCAAUAAGAAAUAAGCUUCCUAUCAAGGUCCCUGUGGCUGCCAUGCAAAUGCAAAGACCAGCAGCGGUAGCGCAAUCCCUGCCACAAAAUGGAUAUGUAGAAUCUGUGAUUCAUGAAAGGCUGAAAAGUGUGAGGAUAACAUGGAACCAUGCAGCCACGGAUGUUGCUAUUGCAGGAUCAUGGGAUAACUGGAAGACCACGGAGCCCCUGAUGAGAGUAGAUCAAAAUUUUGUCAUUGUUAAAACACUCCCGAUAGGUAUCUAUCAUUACCGUUUCAUUGUAGAUGGCUACUUGACACAUGCUCCAGAGUUCCCAUCGGCUUCUGAUGAUUCAGGUUAUGGCUACAAUAUAUUGGAUUUGCAGGAUUAUAUCCCAGAAAUAGUUGCAAACUUCUCCGAUUUUGAAGAUCCUCCAUCAUCACCAUCGAGUUAUGAUAACACAUACUUAAAUGAAGAGGAGUUCAGCAAGCCCCCGCCAGAAUUACCACCUCAACUACCAGUGGCAAUAAGACAUGAGGCUUCUUCAUCCGCAAGUGGUAGUCGUUUUGUCCCUAGGCCCACGCAUUUGGAACUGAAUCAUCUAUACAUCCACAAAACUGAUAGGGGUCAAUUUGUGGCACUACGAUCAACUUACAAGUUUCAACACAAAUAUAUUACUACGGAACUGUACAAGUCCUUACGCAGGGAAAGAUGAUGAAGCAUUAAGAUUUUUGUCUGCUAUUGAACUUGCCUCGUCUAAGCUGCCCUUAUGAGAACACUUGUUAAGGUCAUUAAGUUAAUGUGUAGAAAAUUGAUUGGAAUAGGUAAAUGAAAAAUUGCUUUCCAUGUAAAAAACUUAAGGGAAUGUUAUUUUAUUCUGGCAGUCCGCAGUCAAUAUAUACAAUACAUUUCAUACUAGUGUUUUUUUUAUAAGCAGCAUACUCGUAGUAGUUGACUAGUUGUCCUUCUUUCAAGGUAUUACAAUUUGAAAUUGGAUAUGCUAGCUUAUUGCA